CGCGGUUGCUGCCGCGGUUGCCGUAGAGGACGCGCGAGGCGCCGUCGAAGCGGUCGCGCAGCACGUCGCCCACGGCACGCAGCGUGGGCAGCCGCAUCCAGCACGUGCGCACCGUGCACGAGCCGGACAUCCCGUGGCACUUGCACUCCUGGCGCAUCUCGGAGAAUACGGUCUGCGGGGAGAAGGGAGGAAAGAGUGUCCCAGGGCACCCGGCCGGAGCCAACCGCCCAGACACUGCCCCCUCCCGGACGCCACGGGGGCCGGACUUCAGCAAAGGGCCAGGCCUAGCUGAGCCCAGCAGAAGGGAGGCGCGAGAAGUUCCGCUGAGAUUUGGAAACCCGGCCCAACCCUGCUCCGCCCCGCAGAGUCAGUCUCGGCCUCUCACGCGUAUUUUUCGAAUCUGUCCAGUGAAGGGGCUGUGCUUGAUUUCUAACCUCUUCUGUUUCACCUGCUAGCGGGACAGGCAUCCCUUUCCCCUCAGCCACUGACUGUCUCCUCUAUCCUCCGGCUUCGUUCCAAGCCUCCCGCUCUUCCAGGACGCCCUCUCCUGGUGCCCCUUGCCGUGUCUCACCGACUGUCACUUCCCUAGCCCGAGAUUGGCCCCUGCUGCUCUGUUUAGGGUGCGGAGCCUCUCCAAGCUCACCGUGCGACCCGCCUCGUUGUUGUGAAGGUUCAUGAGGAAGCGCAGGUCCCGUCCCUUCUCCCCGGAGUCCACGAACUCCCGACCGAAGAGGCGACCGAAGUCAAUGUUGUCGCUGCAGCCCCCCCAGUGCCAGUCGGGGCCCCCGGGGCCGCGCCGCCGAUAGUCACAGGUGCAGGAUUCGAUGGAACCCUCUGAGCAGGAGCGUGCCACCGAAUGGGUGACCCCCGCGGAGGUGAUAGCGAAGAUAAACGCUGUUUCUCGACAGCCUGUGGGAGAAAGGAGCGGGGAUCAGCAAGGGGGCCCGUGGGGCACGGCCAGCACCCUCAGUGAAGGGCUUGGGACCCCGAAAUCCCAUCCCCGACUCCGCACUUAGAGUCCUGAGAGCCAGAGCGGCAGUGCUGGAAAGCCGGUCCCUGGGGCUCAUAGAGAAAGCAGGUGCGUGGGCACGCAGCCACGUCCACGGGCGUAAUCACACCUUACUGGGACGCUCCAGGGUGCAUUUUGGCUCGAUAGCGGAAGUGGAGCAGCCCCAGAGAGAAAAACCGAAGAGAGGGGAGCGGAAGAACAAUACAUCCCCAAGACUUCUUCGCAGUCCACAACUUUGGGCCCAUUUUGGCGACGCAAACCUUGCUGGGCGGGAGGCAAAACACACGCCUGCAGAGAGUGGUUUCCCAGGAGCUUUUGAGAGAGGCUGCGGGAAAGCGGUGGUCAGCCGGCAUCCGAGACCCAAAACUCUUUAUCUGGGGCAGUAACUCAGAAAAGUUAAGCUUCGUUUCUAGGGUGCACGGCUGGAAAAUGCCUGGUAGAAGUCUGGCCCGGAGCUGGCGCUGGACACGAGGCACUUGGCGGGUUGUGUGACCCUCCGGGCGCCUGAGACACCUUCUCUGCACACGCCCGCCCAUGCCCUGGGGGUGACCCCGCGUUUUCCCUGCUCCCGGAAGCGUCGCCUUCUUGGGCACCCACCUCGGUUGACGAUCUUGCCGAAGAGGUGGGGCCCUGGAGCAGUGGGGCAGUUCCAGCGGCGAUUCCGGAACUGCCACUUGCACUCGCGCACGGCGCUCUGCAGCCCCCCGCUCACGCUGUGCAGGAUCCCCGGAUUUUGGCGUAUCAGACGCCGCUGUUUGCGGCUCAACAGCUGCAGACUGGGCUCGAGUACCAGUUGCAGACUCUUGGAGUCCGUCAGCAGGUUCGUGGAGGAGGCUACGUUCACAAUACCCCUGGUGGGACAUAUGAUAGCUCAGGCUCAGGAAGGGGACCUGCACCCUAACCAUAAAAACUGUGCCACCCGGUCCUCUUCCUGGCGGUACGUGCCUGGAGAGGGUGGCGGAAGAUCAAUAAUGCGGUAAUGACUUUGCGCUCCCAGGCUCACUAAUUUGAAAGAACUGGGCUUCCAGACUUGUGUGUGCCCAGGAGUCCCAGGGCUGCUCGCCUGAGCCCUAGGUCCAGAGACAGAGAAGGCACCCGGGGACGGAGUUUCUACCUUGGAUCUCCGAGCCUCUUCCGGUCAGCCUGAGCGAAGUAAUGAUGGCCUGCCGUUCUUGCCCACCCAAGGCGUGAAAUGCUUAGGAGUUCCCACCCUCUUCUCCCCUCCUUUCUAAGCGACCGCCUGGCCCUUCACUUCCCGAGGUGGGAAAACCUGUGGUGAGGCCACUGCCGUGAGGCUGGAGUUGGCGCUCGAAGGGGAAGGGCGGUGCUAGAUGAGAGUGGGCUCCCUGCCUGGGGUAUCUUAGGCCUCCGCGGACGGAUCAUUCGCCCCACUUCUACAGAGCUGGAGUCUGGGGCAACUCCACGCCAGAUCGCCCUUCGGUGUCGUCGCGGAGGGAAGUCAGAACGGGGAGGGAGCCUGUCGGCGGACGGAUCCCAGAGCGUGGGAGCUGGGCUCUUUUCCGACUGCCCUUGGACUUGGCUCAAUUUUGGAUCCCAAGGCCCUCCUCAUCCCAUCCGAAGGAAGUCUGCAGCUUGGAGCAGGAAUCUAGGCCACCCAAAGUGCAGACUGGGGAAUCCCGAGAAGGGCACCUUCCAGCCACCCUGAUCUCGGUGGAGAAACUGAUGCAAAAAGAAGUGUUGAAAGAUGUGGCCACUUGGGCCCCAUUCUGGCUCUCUAGGAAGGUUACUACACCCUCCCUGCAGCCUUGGUGACCCCAGAGCAGCCACGGCCGGCCGGCCGAGUGGCGCUGGGGAAGCGGUGAAGAGGAGUGGCCCGGCCCUGGAAGAAUGCAGCUCUGCCAAGGGGACAGAACCCAGCACAGUCUCCCCACGGAUUAAGCAGGACUAGUGAAGCUCAGGCAACCCAACCGUGCCCGUCUCGGACCCCGCACCCAAACCACUGGAGGUCCUGAUCGAUCUGCCCACCGGAGCCUCCGGGCUUCGACAUGCUGGAGGAGCCCCGGCCGCGGCCUCCGCCCUCGGGCCUCGUGGGUCUCCUGUUCCUGGCGUUGUGCAGUCGGGCUCUAAGCAAUGAGAUUCUGGGCCUGAAGUUGCCGGGCGAGCCGCCGCUGACUGCCAACACCGUGUGCCUGACGCUGUCCGGCCUGAGCAAGCGGCAGCUAGGCCUGUGCCUGCGCAACCCCGACGUGACGGCGUCCGCGCUUCAGGGUCUCCACAUCGCGGUCCACGAGUGUCAGCAUCAGCUGCGCGACCAGCGCUGGAACUGCUCAGCGCUCGAGGGUGGCGGCCGCCUGCCGCACCACAGCGCCAUCCUCAAGCGCGGUUUCCGAGAAAGUGCUUUUUCCUUCUCCAUGCUGGCUGCUGGCGUCAUGCACGCAGUAGCCACGGCCUGCAGCCUGGGCAAGCUGGUGAGCUGUGGCUGUGGCUUGAAGGGCAGUGGUGAGCAGGAUCGGCUGAGGGCCAAACUGCUGCAGCUGCAGACACUGUCCCGAGGCAAGAGUUUCCCCCACUCUCUGCCCAGCCCUGGCCCUGGCUCAGGCCCCAGUCCUGGCCCCCAGGACACAUGGGAAUGGGGUGGCUGUAACCAUGACAUGGACUUUGGAGAGAAGUUCUCUCGGGAUUUCUUGGAUUCCAGGGAAGCUCCCCGGGACAUCCAGGCACGAAUGAGAAUCCACAACAACAGGGUGGGGCGCCAGGUGGUAACUGAAAACCUGAAGCGGAAAUGCAAAUGCCAUGGCACGUCAGGCAGCUGCCAGUUCAAGACAUGCUGGAGAGCGGCCCCAGAGUUCCGGGCAGUGGGGGCGGCAUUGAGAGAGCGGCUGGGCCGGGCCAUCUUCAUCGAUACCCACAACCGCAAUUCUGGAGCAUUCCAACCCCGUCUGCGUCCCCGUCGCCUCUCAGGAGAGCUGGUCUACUUUGAGAAGUCUCCUGACUUCUGUGAGCGAGACCCCACUAUGGGCUCCCCAGGGACAAGGGGCCGGGCCUGCAACAAGACCAGCCGCCUGUUGGAUGGCUGUGGCAGCCUGUGCUGUGGCCGGGGACACAAUGUGCUCAGGCAGACACGAGUGGAGCGCUGCCAUUGCCGCUUCCACUGGUGCUGCUAUGUGAUGUGUGAUGAGUGCAAGGUCACAGAGUGGGUCAAUGUGUGUAAGUGAGGGUCAGCCUCACCUUGGGGGAGGGGGAGGGGCCUGUGUGAGAGGGGUGCGUUUUCAGCCCUUUGCUCUGAUUUCCUUCCAAAGCCAAUCUUGGUCCCUGGAAGCUCAGUGUCUACUUGGAAACAGCUUUAGGUGUGGUGGGGGGUCAGGUGUACUAUGGGAUGUGUAGCCUUCUCUCCAAUAAUUGGAGGGUCUCGGGGGAAAGCUGCCACUCCUCUUCUGCUCCUUAGACACCUGAAUGGACUAAGAUGAAAUGCACUGUAUUGCUCCUCCCACUUCUCAACUCCAGAGCCCCUUUAACCCUGAUUCAUACUCCUUUUGGCUAGGGAGUCCCUAUAGUUUCACCACUCCUCUCCCUUUAGGGAUAACCGCAGGCACUGUUUGGAGCCAUAAGAUCUGUAUCUAGAAAGAGAUCACCCACUUCUGUGUACUAGCCCCAAACUCCUCUGCUGCAGCCUGGGCUCCCUCUUGUGGGAUAAUGGGAGACAGUGGUAGAGAGGUUUUUUCCUGGGAAAGGGACAGAGUGCUGAGGGGCACUGUCCCCUGAAUCCUCAGAGUUGUCUGUCCAGACCCUUAGGGAAGUUGUCUCCUUCCAUUCGGCAGUUAAAGAGGACCCUCCAAAGGAAGGGGUUUCCCUAUGACUCUUGGAGCCUCUUUUUCCUUCUUCAGCAGGAAGGGUGGGAAUGGAUAAUUUAUUGUACUGAAACUUGUUCUUGGUUUCUGUUUGAAACUAAAAUAAAUUAAGUUACUGGA